AUGGAGGUUGGUAAUUCCAAAGAGGGUGAUACUGGCAGUCCUCCAAGGCAAAGGUUCUACAUUGAACUCAAGCCUGGAGAGACAACUAUAGUGUCAUGGAAGAAGCUUUUGAAAGAUGCAGCAGCAAACAAGGCAAACCCAUCUCAGUCUCAGAAUCAGACUGCUGCUGCUGCUACUGCUGCUGCUGAUGUUGCUGUGGAGCCUGCUUCUGUGGAUACUGCUCAACAAGAGGCUCAGUUUGCUCUGGCAGUGAAUAAUUUUAUGCUUUGUAAACUUGACUAUGAAAUCCAUCCAAACGACAAAGAGAAUUCUAUGAUAGGAAAGAGUGUGAUAUCUCACUUAGAGCGAGAUGCUGUAUGUGUAGAUGAGUAA